AAGAUGCAGGAGACGGUCGAGUACGCAGAAAUCGUCAAAGGUCCGACAAUUAAGAGAGCAAAAACCGAGAAAACUUCGGUCCAAAUCGAGUCUCAAAAGAAUCAUCCUCAGAUCAGCGGAAAGAAAUGGUUUGCCAGGGAAAGAAUUCUGAAGGUGGUUUUAAUUAUUUUGGCUUUGCUCGGAAACGCCCUCAUCGUUUACUUCCUCGUCGCCGCCAAAGUGGGUGAAGCAGAGGGGAGGUUGACAAAUGUGAUCAAUAGUCAACAGCAGCCGAAUUUUACUGAAUGCACCCAGCAGACUUCAAACAAUGACGAUCUUCAAAGGCAAGUGGCCAACGAAUUAAAUCAGGCAAAACAAAAUUUGACCAGAAUCACAGAUAAUAACAAAAAAACCUUGAAAGAAAACGAAUAUUUAAAAAAACGCAUUGAAAGAUUAGAAAGACCUGCAUCUUUGACGGAACUUCCAAACAGGAAUUUAUAUCACUUUUCUUAUCCUCAUAGCUCAUCAUGGGGUGAAGCAAAAGAGUAUUGUGAGAAAAAAGGCCUUCAUCUGGCAAACCUGAAGACGCAAACGGAUCUAGAAGCAGUUUACAAAAAAGCGAACAAAUGAAAUGGAAAUAAUGCUGCUGUUUGGUGGGUGUCGGACAGAAAAUAUUGCGUUCAAAUUUCGUCUGGAACUGGAACUCAAAACAAACUUAUUGCUGGAGAUUGCAAUUAUUAUAAUUAUUUUAUUUGCGAAUUGCCCAAGGAAUUUUAAUAAAUUCAGUAGAAACAAAUUUUUAAUUGCUUGAUUUUUUUAAUAAUCUAUGAAUGUCUUCUUUGUAAAUCUAUCAGACUUAAAAAAUCUACAUUCAAAUAAUAUCUUUGUCAAUAUCUUUGUGUGAAUUCACCCAUAAUUUAGGGUAUAUUCAUGAUAUUUUGACUUGAAAAUUGUAAAAUAAAACA